GCGAGAGCACGUCAGGCCAGCUAGGCGUUGUGCGGUCCGCAGCUGGCGCGGAAGCUGCAGGUGAGACGGAGUCGGUGAGAGGGUCUGCGGAGGUGGCAGGCCCGCAGGCGGACGGUCGGGCUAGCUGGCAUAGGCGGACCCGGGGUCGGUUGCCGGAGCGAGGCUGCAGGAAGUGCGCCCAGGGAGUUUCAUCUCCAGGGGAACUUGCAGGGAAACUGAGGCUCGGGGUGGCGCUCCGGGUUCUGGGGUGCGCUGAGGCCGCCGGUUCCCUCUGCAGUCGCGGAAGAUGUCGGACAGCGAGGACAGCAACUUCUCCGAGGAGGAGGACAGCGAGCGCAGCAGCGAGGCGGAGGAGGCCGAGGCAGAGGAUGAACGACGGAGUGCAGCAGGCAGUGAAAAGGAAGAGGAGCCUGAGGAGGAGGAGGAGGAGGAGGAGGAAGAAUAUGAUGAGGAGGAAGAGGAAGAAGAUGAUGACCGGCCCCCGAAGAAACCACGCCAUGGGGGAUUCAUUUUGGAUGAGGCUGAUGUAGAUGAUGAGUAUGAAGAUGAGGACCAGUGGGAAGAUGGAGCUGAAGACAUCCUGGAGAAAGAAGAGAUUGAAGCCUCCAAUAUUGAUAAUGUUGUCCUGGAUGAAGACCGCUCUGGGGCUCGCCGUCUGCAGAAUCUCUGGAGGGACCAGAGAGAAGAAGAACUGGGCGAGUAUUAUAUGAAGAAAUACGCUAAAUCAUCUGUGGGAGAGACGGUGUAUGGAGGGUCUGAUGAGCUCUCAGAUGACAUCACCCAGCAGCAGCUGCUCCCGGGAGUCAAGGACCCCAACCUGUGGACUGUCAAGUGUAAGAUUGGGGAGGAACGAGCCACAGCGAUUUCCUUGAUGCGCAAAUUCAUCGCUUACCAGUUCACAGACACGCCCCUGCAGAUUAAGUCAGUGGUUGCCCCAGAGCAUGUGAAGGGCUACAUCUACGUGGAGGCCUACAAGCAAACCCAUGUGAAGCAGGCCAUUGAGGGUGUGGGCAACCUGCGGCUUGGCUACUGGAACCAGCAGAUGGUGCCUAUCAAGGAGAUGACUGAUGUGCUCAAGGUGGUGAAGGAGGUGGCCAACUUGAAGCCAAAGUCCUGGGUUCGUCUCAAGCGUGGCAUCUACAAAGACGACAUUGCUCAGGUGGACUACGUUGAGCCCAGCCAGAACACAAUCUCCCUCAAGAUGAUCCCACGCAUCGACUAUGACCGCAUCAAAGCCCGCAUGAGCUUGAAAGACUGGUUUGCCAAAAAGAAGUUCAAGCGGCCUCCACAGAGGCUCUUUGAUGCUGAGAAGAUCAGGUCCUUAGGGGGUGAUGUUGCCUCCGAUGGUGACUUCCUCAUUUUCGAGGGUAACCGCUACAGCCGGAAGGGCUUCCUAUUCAAGAGCUUCGCCAUGUCUGCUGUGAUUACAGAGGGUGUGAAGCCUACCCUGUCAGAGCUGGAAAAGUUUGAAGAUCAGCCUGAGGGCAUUGACCUGGAGGUGGUGACUGAAGGCACAGGGAAGGAGCGGGAACACAAUUUCCAGCCUGGGGACAAUGUGGAGGUGUGCGAGGGUGAGCUCAUCAACUUGCAGGGCAAGGUUCUCAGCGUGGACGGCAACAAGAUCACCAUCAUGCCCAAGCACGAGGACCUCAAGGACAUGCUUGAGUUCCCAGCCCAGGAACUUCGGAAGUACUUCAAGAUGGGGGACCAUGUAAAAGUGAUUGCUGGCCGAUUCGAGGGUGACACAGGUCUCAUUGUGCGGGUGGAGGAGAACUUUGUUAUCCUUUUCUCGGACCUCACCAUGCAUGAGUUGAAGGUGCUUCCCCGGGACCUGCAGCUCUGCUCAGAGACAGCCUCAGGUGUAGAUGUUGGGGGCCAGCAUGAGUGGGGUGAGCUGGUGCAGCUGGAUCCCCGCACCGUGGGUGUCAUUGUGCGGCUAGAGCGAGAGACCUUCCAGGUUCUGAACAUGCAUGGGAAGGUGGUGACUGUCAGGCACCAGGCGGUGACUCAGAAAAAGGACAACCGCUUUGCUGUGGCCCUGGACUCAGAUCAGAACAACAUCCAUGUGAAGGACAUUGUCAAGGUCAUUGACGGCCCUCACUCAGGCCGAGAGGGCGAGAUCCGCCAUCUGUAUCGCAGCUUUGCCUUCCUGCACUGCAAGAAGCUGGUGGAGAACGGCGGAAUGUUUGUCUGCAAGGCACGGCACCUGGUGCUGGCUGGGGGCUCAAAGCCCCGGGAUGUGACCAAUUUAACUGUUGGUGGCUUCACUCCUAUGAGUCCCCGGAUCAGCAGCCCCAUGCACCCUAGUGCUGAAGGCCAGCAUGGUGGUUUUGGUAGCCCAGGUGGUGGCAUGAGCAGGGGUCGAGGACGAAGAGAUAAUGAACUCAUAGGCCAGACUGUGCGAAUCUCUCAGGGACCCUACAAAGGCUACAUUGGUGUGGUGAAGGAUGCCACGGAAUCCACAGCCCGAGUAGAACUGCACUCUACCUGCCAGACAAUCUCUGUAGACCGCCAGCGGCUCACCACGGUUGACUCCCAGCGUCCAGGUGGCAUGGCCUCCACCUAUGGACGGACACCCAUGUAUGGCUCUCAGACACCCAUGUACGGCUCUGGCUCCCGAACACCCAUGUAUGGCUCCCAGACACCUUUGCAGGAUGGUAGCCGCACUCCACAUUAUGGCUCGCAGACGCCUCUGCAUGACGGGAGCCGCACUCCUGCUCAGAGUGGGGCCUGGGACCCCAACAACCCAAACACACCUUCCAGGGCUGAGGAGGAAUACGAGUAUGCCUUUGACGACGAGCCCACCCCAUCCCCACAGGCAUAUGGGGGAACCCCGAAUCCCCAAACACCUGGCUACCCAGACCCAUCAUCCCCCCAGGUCAAUCCACAGUACAACCCGCAGACACCAGGGACGCCAGCCAUGUACAACACAGACCAGUUCUCCCCCUACGCUGCCCCCUCUCCACAGGGGUCCUACCAGCCCAGUCCCAGCCCCCAGAGCUACCACCAAGUGGCGCCAAGCCCAGCAGGCUAUCAGAAUACCCAUUCCCCGGCCAGCUACCACCCCACCCCUUCACCCAUGGCCUACCAGGCCAGUCCCAGCCCCAGCCCUGUUGGCUACAGUCCGAUGACCCCUGGAGCUCCUUCUCCUGGAGGCUAUAACCCACAUACACCAGGCUCAGGCAUUGAGCAGAACUCCAGUGACUGGGUAACCACUGAUAUCCAGGUGAAGGUGCGAGAUACCUAUCUGGACACACAAGUAGUGGGGCAGACAGGCGUCAUCCGCAGUGUCACAGGAGGCAUGUGCUCCGUGUACCUGAAAGACAGUGAGAAGGUGGUCAGCAUUUCCAGUGAGCACCUGGAGCCCAUCACCCCCACCAAGAACAACAAGGUGAAAGUGAUUCUGGGUGAGGACCGAGAGGCCACCGGGGUCCUCUUGAGUAUUGAUGGUGAGGAUGGCAUCAUCCGAAUGGACCUAGAAGACCAGCAGAUUAAGAUCCUGAACCUCCGCUUCCUAGGGAAGCUCCUGGAGGCCUGAAGCCUGAGUGUGCUGUGCAAACACGGAGCAAGCAGCCCUGCUUGGCCCAGCAUGGAGCCCCGAGUCUGGAGGAUUUCCUUUUCCUCCUUUCCUGAGACUCUAGACAUCAGAGUAGACUCGGACAAGUUUUCACCUUCUUUCUGCUGCCCCAGCUUGUGUUUAGGUCUUUCAAUAAAGAGAAGCUGUUUGAAAAGUG